CCGGAACUGACUGUUUGAUGUGAGGAUGUGUGUGUGUUGAUGUGUGUUAUUAAGGGAUGUAUUGACUCUGACUAGCUGAGGCCCUGAACACGAAUGGACCCCAGUAUACAAGUGCAACAUGGGCUCCAGGAUCAAAGAAAACCCUGACAAAACCUUCUACUGGUUCUUUCAAGCUUCAUGUCCAAUUGCCAGAGAUAAAGAUCCUGGAGUGCUGUUUCAGUUCCCUGAAGACUUCAGUGAUCAGGAGUCCCAGCAGUCCCUGCCUCACUUCUGUUUUCCUUACGACAUAGAGAGGGCAAAGGACACAUCGGCUGUGCAGCACUUCACAUUCGUGUUGACGGAUCUGGAGGGAUGUCAGCGCUUUGGUUUCUGCAGACUCACGUCCAGCUCUCAGACAUGCAUGUGUAUACUCAGUUAUUUGCCAUGGUUUGAGGUCUUUUACAAGCUUCUGAAUAAUUUAGCGGACUACUUGACUAAAGGGCAGACCAAUGAGAUGAAAGAACUGCUUACAGUACUCUACAAGCACCCUGUAACACCUGCUAAUGGCUCGAUUACUCUGCAGAUGAUCCCAUACUUUAUUGCUCCAGAUCCCAAAAUCUUGCCUUCCAUUCCAGAGAGUAGGAACCUGACAGAGCUGGUGGUGGCUGUGGAUGUGGGUAACCUACUGCAGCUGUAUGCCAGCAUGCUGUUUGAAAGACGCAUCCUCAUCUACUGCAGCAAACUAAGCACACUCACGGCCUGCAUACACGCAUGUAGCGGAAUGCUCUUCCCCAUGUAUUGGCAACAUAUCUUCAUUCCUGUGCUGCCACCACACCUGCUCGACUACUGCUGUGCACCGAUGCCAUACCUCAUUGGAGUUCACUCAAGCCUAGCAGAGAGAGUGAGAAGUCGAGCUCUAGAGGAUGUGGUCAUUCUAAACGUGGACACGAACACCUUAGAGUCACCACACGACGACCUGAAAAAGAUCCCUACUGACGUGGUGGCGGGUCUUAAGGUCAGGUUGAAGAGACAGGCCGCUUUGGCUGGGUCAGGGGUCACUCAUGCUUUCCUAAGAGCUCAGGCUCUCCUGUUUGGAGGCUACAGAGAUGCCUUACAGUCUCCUGCUGAGGGGCCGGUUGUGUUCUGUAAGGAGUUAUUUCUCAGUCACAAGUCUCAAAGUAUGAAGACAUUUUUGGAGAGUGCGGUUCACUUGCAGUGUUUCAAAGAGUUUAUUGACGGGCGUCUGGAAAUGCUGAACCAGGGCAAAGAGCCCGAUGAUGUGUUUGAGGAAGAGCUGCUAAAGUGUGGAGCUUCAGCAGGUGGUUCUAAAAUGUGUCGGCAGUGGGUGGGGAAUUUGAAGAAAGGGGGUGGGGCUCUGACUGUGACAUGGAAGUCUACAGCCAAUAAAGCUACCAAAUAUCACAGAUUGAAAAACCUCCUGUCAUCAAAGGAUCAAUCUGACUCUCACAUGCUGCAGAGGGGCGGGUCUGUCUGUGAUACAAACACGUAUCGACUCAUCCAAUCAGAUUGCCUUCAGAACCGUAUACCAAUCACACAGCACUUUGGGAGGUCUCGACCACGUCGGCCAACACACAAGCAUCCUAUUAACCAGGGGUAUGAACGACAGAAUGAGACACAGGACGACAACAACACCUGCGAGGACAGUGAGUUAACGGAGGGUCUUGAGCAGUUUUCUGGCUCCAGUGAGCUGCAGGAUGAUGAUGAGCUUUCUCUCUUGGCUGACCCAGAGGAGAUGGACCUUCUGGGGGAGAUCUUUGACACGUUGAGUGCUCAGAGCUCCAGAGAGCCGGGCUUACUGUACGGCACACGAAGUCUCGACCUCUUCAGCUCCGACAGCAGUGAAUUCAUCUCGCAUAGGAGUUUAACCACACCCAGUCAGGAGAGUCUAAGUCCCUCUGUUGGAAACAGCGGAAGUCUCAUGAGCUGGGAGGAGGGGCUAGAGGCGGGACCAUCUGGAGAGAAGGAGGAGUCUGUUUUCCUGAUUGACAGACCUGAAAAGGAGCUUAAUGAAUUAGAGAAAGGCUUUGAGAAGUUAGGGGAAAGUCUGUGUUUAGAAGUACACAGUUUAGGAGACACUUCUCUGGACUUGGAAGUGGGUUCUAAAGAGGAAAAAGAGGAUCACUGGUUGACUCAAGAUGGACAAGUCAACGGAACAAUGGAUGAGCUAGAGGAACAUUUGGAUCUUGAGACAGUGGUUGAAAAGACAGAACAUGGCAGUGAAGAACAACCAAUAAUUGAGGCUGUAGAACAAAAUCAGACAGAAGAUAAGAUGUCAAGUGACUUGGGAUCUCCAGAUCAGAGGGAGAGACCCUUGUUCAGAUCUGGACCUACAUAUGGGGGAGUCGUCUCCCCUAUCUCUGUCAAUGUAGAAGACAAGAUGGACAAAGGAGAGGAGGCAGAAGAUGUGAAUGUGGAGUCCCCAUCACAGGCAGUAUCUCCUACCGUAGUCUCACAGACCAGGUCAUUGGUGGACUCUGCUGUGUCCAAUACUAGUCCAAGAGGGCAGGAUACCUUUCUGAGAACUCCCCUCAGGACCUACAAUAUCUACACAGCUUCCAGCAGGCCAGUCAUUGGGACACAGACAGAUGAACAGAGUACAACAUCACCCAUUACAUCAACUCCAAAAGAGUCUGAAGAGCAAGAACAGGUUCCCAUUAAGGUCUCUGAGCUGAAGAAGAGAUUUGAACAUUAACUGGUCAUGAAUAGUGUACUGGAAUCUACCUAUUUCAAAUUAUCUGUUAUAAAGAACUAAUAAUUACUUUUUUUCCAGCCUGAUCUCAUUGAAAUGACAUGUCUGUGACAACAUUCUGUGGUGCGUGGCAGUUCUGAGGUGAAAUGUCCACUGUAUGGAACUAAAAGCGAGUUUAAGGUUUAUGUUUUAUUAAUCUUUAAAUCAACAAAACUGACCUCCCUAUACAAAACCUUAAACCUAACCGAUCGUGUUAUCAUAGCAAAUGUGAGAUGAAAAACACGAUUGUUGACGUAACCACGAAACUUUUGGCUCGCGUGCUCUUUAGGACUCUGGCCCUUUACAUCGCUAGUGCAAUAUUCUAGCAAUCAAGCCGUUUGAACGCACUCAAACAAACUCAUGAAUUAACUUUAUGUAUUACAAACACCUUACAUGUCAUGCAUUAAAUGUUUAGAUGUCAUAAGAUAGCAUUGAAGAUCGCAAAGAAACCAAAAGAAAUCAGACAUAUACAACUUCAAAGGAAACAAGACAAUUUUGUCUAUAAUAGCGCUGGACACUUGAGGUAAUUUUAUGCCGCCAGCUUGCGUUAGCUUUUCUUUAUCUCAUCUCAACUAAUACUGAAGAAGAAUGCAGAAACAUUGCCAGUUCUUGAGCUGGAGUUUCCAUUUUGUAGUAAAGUGGCAACCCGGUGCUGGAAUGUGUUAUUUUGAAGAGGAAUGCAUGUUAUGACUUGCGCCCUUUAAAGUUAGAUGGAUUUUGAUUGGCUGUCAAUGUUUUUAUCGUUCAUCAGUUGGGAAAAAAAUGCUCUGAAAGUGACGAUAUCAUUCCUCUGUGUUGUUAUAACUGCGGUGUCCGCUGUUUUUUUUUUUUGGUUAGAGCGAUAUUUAAAACUUUAUGGUUAUAGUUAUCAUUAGGUUUUCAUUCUUGAUGUGAACGGGCCUUAAAGUGUCAAUUCACCCAAAAAUGAAAAUUCUUUCAUGCCAUCCCAGAUGUGUGUGACUUUCUUUCACUUGCAGAACACAAAUGAAGAUUUUUAGAAGAGAAUUUCAGCUCUGUAGGUCCAUACAAUGCAAGUGAAUGGGUGCCAAAUUUUUUAAGCUCCAAAAUCCACAUAAGAAAAACUGAGAUGUAAUCCAGACGACUCUAGUGGUUAAAUCCAUGUCUUCAGAAGUGAUAUGACAGGUGUGGGAGAUUAAGGACUUAAAUCAAUAUUUAAGUCCUUAAUCCUUCACUUUCACUUUCUCCUUUUUGGUGGUUCACAUUCUUCAUGCAUAUCGCCCUCUACUGGACAGGGAGUUGAAUUUAUGAUAUAAAAUGACUUAAUUAUUGAUCUGUUUCUCUCCCAUCAAAUUGCUAAUCCAAAGUUAUGGAUUAAACGUUUUGGAUCAUAUUGUUUACGUUUAUUGUAUGGAUCUACAGAGCUGAAAUAUUCUUCUAAAAAUCUUCAUUUGUGUUCUGCUGAAGAAAUUCAUGCACAGAUGGGAUGCCAGGAAGGUGAGUAAAACAUGAGAAUUUUCAUUUGUUUUGGGUAAACUGUACCUUUAACAUUGUUGUAAUGCCUCUAGUGUUCCUUUCACCAAGAAAUUGUCAUGAUACAUACAUAACAAUCCACGAAAAAUAAUUUGGCUAAUCAUUAAGUAUAGUAACGUGAUUGCAUGAAACCAGGUUGUUUUAUUUUUCAAAUUAUUUUCUGCAUUUGAAGUCAACAUGAAACGAUAAUCGCAACAUAUUUUUACUUCCGUAAACAGGAAGUAUUGAGAGGUAAAUGUAAUUUAUCCUUCAAGAUCUGAUUGGAUUUUGAAAAAUGGGCGUAAGUUGGGAAUGACUACAAAGUAACUGAAACACUGCCACCAGCCACUGGUUGAAACUCAAGUGUUUUUUGUGAUGUCAGCAGUAAAGGAAAGUCAUUUUACAGGUAUAGCAAGUUUUUAUAUUUUGCUACACAGCAACAGGUAUGAGGAAAUUAAACUGAAUUUCAGUGUCAUAUUGACUUUACCUGCCAAGUAACAUACACAUCAUUUAAAUAAACUGAUAAAUGGACCAAUUUUGACAUAUAUAAAAUGUGUUCAACCCCAUGAGACCAAAUAUCAUUAAUCAGUUAUAGAAGGUUCAUCAUAGCGGGCAAAGCGUGGGCUGAUGAAAGUCUGAAGACAUGAAGCAAACAUUGACACUGCAUAAUCAUUCGUUAAAAGCUCCAAGUUGAGGACAAGGUCACGGACUCAACGAUGCAUUUUAAUAAUUACACAUCCAUUUCAUCACAUUGUUAUGAUCAACAUCAUGACAAUGUGAUGAAUGUCAUGAUAAAAAUAAAAAAGAGUAAACAAUAUUUGGCAAAGUGCAAUGUACAUCAUUUUCUUUGUGAACAUUUUUAUGUCUGUGAGAAACUUGAAAACCUGAAAAACAAUUCUUCAGUUUGGAUAUCUGAAGCAUUCAGUAAGAUACGGGUAAACUCUGUAGAUCAUGUGUUAUAGUGAAGUGCAGACUGCAGACUCCUUCGAAAUGCCUCUCAGCUGAGUAAACUUUUAAGUAUACGUACAGAUAAAGUCAACAGAAAAUGGUUGAACUGGUUCUUCUUUUGCAUUUCAUCGUUUGGCUUCUGUAUUUCUAUAAAUGUAUUUCCCAAUGGCUUCAGGUAUCUCCAGUGUGUAAGAAAAUCUCUUUAAAGUCACACUUGAAAUGAUCAAUUGUAACUGAAAAUAUGAAAGUAAUCUCAGUCAAAAAUGCCAAAUAAAUACCCACCACCAUUUUAAGUGUUCUCUAUAUAAGAUAUUCAGCCCUGAUCUGCGAUCGUAUCAUCGUGGGGCAUCUAGCCCAGGUAUGACCAAGACCUGCAAGAGAGAUCAUGUUUCAAAUCGAGGUGCUGAACCGGUGCACUCGUUCAAAACAUUGAGUUUAGGUACAGUUGAACAUUUCUAAACCGGUCUCAGCCCAGACUCUCGUCUUAGUGGCAUGGUUUAGCGUCAGCAUCGUUUGUCAUA